CAAAGAUCUAUCUAAUAAUGUCAAAUUUUUCUAUAGAUCAUAUUCAUGUUCAAUCAAUUCAUGCUUAUUAUGAUCCAAAUAGUAAAACAGAUAUUCUAGAAAAUAAUCAUUUAUUUCAUUAUAAAAGUCAACAUUUUCAUUGUAUUGUUCAAUUAUUAUUAAAUAAUGAUCAUUCUAUUAUUAAACAUCAUUGGACAAUUGGUUUAGUUCAAGCAUGUUAUCAAUAUAUUAUAGAAAAUCGUUAUGAUUUCUAUGGUAGUACAUUAUGGGAAUUUCAUCCAAUUUAUAGUAAACGUUAUAUUAUGAUUAAUGAUAGUGAUGGUAAUCAAUAUCCAUUUUAUAAUCUAUAUAAUAGUCAAUAUCAUAUCUAUCCUAAUUAUAGAAUAAAUCAAUUUAUUGAAUUAUAUUAUGAAGAUUAUUUUUAUCCAACUAUUGCAUGGGAAUUACCAUCUUGUUAUCAUAGCAACAACAAGAGUACUACUCAUAGUAGUAGUAGUAGUAGUAGUAGUCAUGGUAAUCAUAAUCAUCAUCGUAUUCUAUUAACAGAAAUUAUAAGAGAACAACAAUUUUGGGUAUGGUUAAUUGCUAUAAAACAUAAUCAAUAUAAUCAAUUCAAUCCUUAUAAUUUAAUCAAUAUUGAAAAAGAUGAAAUCUAUAUCUUAAAUACAAUUCAUUGGAAAUAUCAAUUACAUAUUCAAUUAGAUCCAUAUCAAUCGAUUGGUAAACGUGUAAAACAAAUUCAUGAUAAACAAUAUGAACAACCAAUGAUAUUAGAUACAAAUAAAAAAUUACCAUUAUCCGCUAUUCAUCCCCCCCAUUGUAAUGCAGCACAAUCAUUAAUAUGGUAUCCAAAUCAUUCAAAAAAUCAAUCAAAAUUAAUUAUACCACCAAAACAAAUUAUAGUACCAUGGAAAAUAUGGUUAAAUGAUAUGAAAUUAUCUCACAAUAAUAAUAAAGAUUAUAUAAAAAAACCUAAACAAUGUCAAUAUAUUGGUGGUCAAUUACUAAAGGAUCAAAAAAUUGGUAUCAAACAACAUCAAAAUAGAUCACAAUGUUCGAAUGAUCGAUUGAAACGUUCAAGAGGUUGAUUGAAUGAUUCCAUUGAAUGGAUCAGAAGUAAAUUUCAUUUUAUUUGGUAUUGUUUUGAAAAAAAUAUUGAUUGAAAUGUUUCGUCCAACAAAUUCGUCAGAACUUCUUCAGGAAUAUUCUUAGUUGGAUGAAAUGAUGAUUUGUGUGAUUUCAUUCUGAUAAUAAAUGAGAUUUCAAUCUGUUUAAUAGUAGAUUGAUCUUCCAUGCUCGUUUAGAGCGCAGAUUCUAUUACUUCUUUAUAGAGUAGUGCGCUUGUAAUCCAGUGGGUAAGAUAUCGAUUUUUACUUCAUGGAAGGAUAAGCGGCAUACCUAAGUUGUACGAAAUUGAACAAUAUUAGGUCUAACAUUACCUGGGGCCACACAUGUACCGUGUUUUUCCAGGAAUUACAGAUUAAUGUUGUCGUAACAUACGAAGCGCCUCUAGUGACAGUUGUGGCGCGUUUUGAUGUGAAUAUAUUGGUGGUGAAUUAUUAA